AUGAAUGUGACACCUACUCAACACUUCUCGAAGCGAAGUGCGCUACGACGGCGUCCAGCACUCAAAGAUUCUAUGCCUUCCACCGAAGAAAGAAAAAUGCAGCUCCUCCCACUCACUCCAACACGCUCACCGUCACCUGCACCUGUAACCCCUGCCUACGCGAAUCUAGGACUACACGAUCCAAGGUGGUGGAAAAGAAAGAAGAACCUGAGAAAAAAGUUUCUAAACCUCGAACCAGAACGAAAAAGAGUGAGCCUGUACAUGGCGCAGUUUGCUGGAAUAAUGUCUGUGACUGUGUACUGCUUGAGAUAUUGCGAUCACAGCCUCUAG